ACUCAUGACGGGUUCCAGAAGCAAUGCAUCUCUUCAAUUUCCACACUUCUACCUCUUCUUUCUUUUUGUUACCGGUAUGUCUCUCACACGUUGGUCUUAUGGUAGGAGACCUGCAGCCCUGUAAGCAAGUCUUUCCAAGGCACAGCCGUCGGCUGCUCUGAAACAUGUUUUCUUUUCUCUCUCCCGGUUUCCAUGAACCCUCUUCUCUAUCCCUAACUGGUGAACUGCUGUCGGUAACUGGACCCAGCCAUGAAAUGGCGUCCUUAACACGUUGCCCUCAUCCCACCCACCUCCUUCUCGAAUCUUCUCCCUUCAGCCCUCUUUCAUUCGGUUCGGGCCCGAGUGCGGUUUGGUGCCUGGUGUCUGGUGCUUGGACGAGGUGGGACUGUGAUUUGUAUGCACAGCGAUAAUCGAACCCGGGGGUCACGGCAGCAGCCGCUUUUGUUCAA